UACGGUAAUGUGGCGCCCAGGUCGUUCGGUGGGCGUCUUUUUGUGAUCGGCUACGGCCUAAUCGGCAUUCCUUUCACUUUGUUGGCGAUUGCUGAUCUCGGAAAGUUCCUCUCCGAGAAUGAUGUCCAAAUGGUCAAAGGCAACUGUGAAGUUGAAAAACCUCCACCCUUCGAUCCGGACCCGGACAUCCGAGCAGACUUUGUGGAUGACGCGAUUCAAGGUCUGUCGUCUGAUCUAGACCUU